AUGUUGCGGUUUGCUCGGUGCUACUCAUUGGCCAGAAGUAAAGCUACGCAAGUUCAGAGUACGGUCUUCAAGCCGGAAUAUGCCUUGAAGUGUGGAUUAGAGAUUCACACACAAUUGAACACUGGAAAUAAGCUUUUUUCACAGUCUACCAAUAGUGCCACACCCUUGGCGGAUGUGCCUAACCACCACACCAGCUUCUACGAUGUGGCUUUGCCAGGGACGCAGCCGGUUUUGAAUUUGGAGGCCAUUUUGUUUGCCAUGAAGCUGUCGCUGUCAUUGAAUUCCCAGGUGAAUAUGGUGUCGCAGUUUGAUAGAAAGCACUACUUCUACGGUGACCAACCCCAAGGUUACCAGGUGACGCAGCACUACAGGCCGUUCGCUCGAGGCGGGAAGGUCAAUCUGUCCAGGGAACUCGACGGCAUCGACGAGUCGUCCAAGGACAUUAGCAUUKCGCAAUUGCAGAUAGAGCAGGACACGGGGAAGUCGCACUACACAGACACAGGCAAAGAUGUUGUCACGCUGGUCGACUUGAACAGAUCGAACAUCCCACUCAUCGAGUUGGUGACCAACCCAGAUUUUAGUGAUAUCAAACAGGUCAAGGCGUUCAUCAAGAAAUACCAGAAUUUGGUUCGUCAUUUGCACAUAUCUUCCGGGGAUUUGGAAACGGGUGCCAUGCGGGUGGACGUUAACUUGUCGAUUAACGAAUUUGCUCGCGUGGAACUGAAAAACCUGCCUAACACCAGCUCUAUCAUCAAUGCCAUCAAGUACGAAUACCAACGACAAGUCGAGUUGAUCUCCAGGGGCGAAACCGAUUCACUGCUGGAGCCUGAGACGCGGGGCUGGACAGGCUCUUCCACGGUGAAGUUGAGAAGCAAAGAAACUACCAUCRAUUACAGAUACAUGCCCGAUCCGGAAUUGCCGUAUAUCAAUCUUGCUCCGGAUAUUAUCAGUGGCGUGGCGGCAUCAAUGCCGGAAUUGCCUGAUGACAUAAUGAGAAUGCUUAUGCAGAAGCCAUUCCAGUUGUCCUUAAAGGACGCCAAGAUUUUAACUUAUAACAGCAACCAAAAUGACAUGUACAACCAUGAAGCGCUAAGAUCAUAUUACUUGGAAACCUUUCAUGAAUUUUCUAAACUAAUUGGCAAACAAGGUAGCGCAAAAUUACCUACUAAUUGGAUAAUUCACGAAUUCCUGGGUGAUUUAAAUAAACUACAAGUCCCAUUGGACAAAGCACAGGAAGUUCUACCUCCUGCGGUUUUCGCCGAGUUUUUGAGACUAUUGUAUACGGAGACGAUAUCGCCUACUAGUGGCAAAUUGUUGCUCUUUUAUAUCUUGGAAACUUUCAAGCAGAGCGGGUGCCAAGAUUCGUUUUUACCAGAUCUCCCUAAAUUAAUCAAGGAAUUUGAAUUGCAUGCAAUCACAGAAGUUGACUCUCAAGAAUUGAUGACUCUGUGCAAUGACAUAAUUGCACAGCACACAGAUGAAGCUUUCAUACGGAACCUCGUCUCUGGCAAAAAGAAGACUUCUUUGAAGUUUCUAGUCGGACAAGGUAUGAGACAAAGCCAAGGACGUAUAAAGGCAGGCGAAUUUGAGAAAAAAUUCAAAGAGAUUUUAGAUAUUCAGUGGUAA